GGGACGUCAUAACCCAACAGACCGGACCCGAUUUCAGCAGUAUUUUACGGCGGAGGAGCCACACCUUGCUGUGUGCUCAUCCCAUCACAUAAUUCAUAUUACACUGCCUUCCCAAAAGAGCAACAUCGUCUUGAACCUUCAGAACCUUUCAACACGACAUUGACACCCGAUUAAGUAACAGUAUUGAAACCCAUCAGUCCAACUCCUAUAUCUGCACUAUGGAUUCAGCGGGCGCAAAGUCAGUCAUGUCCAACGAUAUGAAGGAGCUUACCGAAGGAAAGGAGGGCAUCACCAGCGAGAUUCGCGGACAUAAGGCCAACCUCUCCAAUCCAAACACCAGCGAGGAAUCCAAGCAAGCUAGCAAAGAGGUACUGAAAGAACUCGGGGGCGACGACACCAUUGAGGCUCAUCGCAACAAGCCCAUCAGCAAGAGUGCUGCCGAUGAUUUGUACGGUACCCGCGCUGCGGCGGGCUGAAUGGGCAGUUUUAGGAUUAGGUUGAUCGUGGAAUUGGAAAUUUCAUCGAGUCCUCCAUGGUUGAGCCUGCAUUGGGCUGGGGGAUACCUUAGUUUAUUCGACCUACUUCACCUAGGUCGCAAUCUUCAUGUUCUAGGUCGCCAGUGAGGGGACCGAGUAUCAGUUUCCGCUCCUUGAAUACCUUGCGUUUCUUCGUAAAGGUACGGUUCUCCGUGAGAGCAGAAAAGGGAGAGAAUGAUCAUGCUGAGGUGUCAUGCGGCGUGCUGAACGAUGAGGCGGAAUGGUGGGAGAAGGACUAAUCGAGCGCGAGGUAACCGCUCGAAACAUUUGGGAGGAUUAUUCAUCGGUAUCUGCAACUCAUAAGUUACCUUAUUCCUAGGAGGCAACCUUGAGAGGGAAAGUGAAGUCAAAGAGU